AUGAAACUUUUAUUUUAUUUAUUCUUCUAAAAAUUAAAGACCCUUUACUAUUAUUAUUAUUAUUAUUAAUCAUAUCUUUAUUAUUAUUCCAAUUCAUAGAUUGUUUAAUUCAAUAUUUUGAAAAUUUAAAUUAUUGAAUAUUCCAGUCCACACUCAAGUUACCCUUAAAUGUGAUCUUUAAAAUGAGGCUAUUAUUUUUAAUUAGUAUAUGAGACAAAAUUGUCUUUGGAUAUUGGGCUAUCGGAGGACUUACUUAACCAUAUAUAUAUAUAAUCACUAUUUAUAGUGAGAUUACAAUAUGAGGAAAAGAGAUCUUAUAAACCUGAAGAAUGGUUUGCUGAUGUCACAUCUGUUCCACUCAAUUAGCAUGUUCUGUGAACUUGCCUAAUAAUAAGGAUAGAGAUUAAUUUGGUUUUAAAAGCCAAGUACUAUAAUGUCUAUUUGGUUUAUCAAGCUAAUAAAACCAGGAUUAUUGGGGUCAAAAUCCAAAGUAAUAAGUAACUCUGGCAUCUAUAAGAGCUGCUCUCCAAGGCUUAAUCAAAAGUCUGAUUGCAUUAUUUACUAUUCCAGAGGACCAUUUUGAGGCAAAGAAGGAGAACUUCUUCAAUCAAGAAGUGUUCUGGAUAGCUGAGAAGCUUAGUAAAGUGCUGGAGAACCGAAAUAGGGCUGUAGGUGAAAAUUGACAUGUAUUGAUUUUCAAUUAUUUGAAGCGGAGGAAAUUUUAAGAAUUUAAAAACCAGAAGCGUUUGCAACUCUUGUGGGGUUAAAGAAGGACAAUGAAAACUUUGCUAAUUUAGCCGCAAUUAAGAAAUAUCGAUUUUCAGAUAAGAUGAUAGCUCGUCCAUUCUAUCCACAUGGAAUGAAUAGAUGGGGUUGGGUAGAUAUAUUUAUAUUAUUUUACAUAUAUAUGGAUAUUUGUUUAGUUUUAUGA